AAUACUGUUGGAGACACCCCCUCGUCAAUAUGGCUGCGCCUAUGACCGCUGCACUCGUACGAGGCGUUUGCCUCCGUAAGAUCGUUUCUUGCGGUUUGAUACGGCUGUUUAAAAAUUCUCAACGGAGGAGUUGCUGCGAAGCCAGUAGUUUGUAUCAACAUGUUCGUGAGGGAUAUAGUGACAGGCCUGCGUUGCAUAUGCAAUGGGUGUGCGACAAUUGGCAGAGUGUCCAGAAGAAUGUGGAGCAAAGGAAGGGCGAUGUGAAUCCCGAAGAUGUCCCUGGCAUUAUUUCCUUAUGGCAGAUGCUACAGGCAGUGAAAUCUAGUAUUUCCAAACUGGAGCAAAGGAAGAAGCAAAUCAGUGACAGAGUUAAAGGCCUUGUGGAGCAUCACAGCAAAAAAGACCUGCAAACACUUCCUGAAUACCAACAGCUGCUUAUGGAUGGUAGGAAAGUCCGCCAGCAACUGAAUGAGUUAUACCCUCAAGAGAGUGAACUGGACCAGCGGUUUUACCUAAAAGCUUUGAAAUUGCCUAACUCUACACAUCCUGAUGUGCCAGUUGGAGAUGAGAGCCAAGCACGGGUUCUGGAAUUGGUUGGGCAAAAGCCAGACUUUAACUUCACAAUUAGAGGCCAUUUGGAGAUUGGUGAGAACUUGGACAUCAUAAGACAAAGGCGCCUGGCUCAUGUUUCUGGUCACAGGUCUUACUAUCUGCGAGGUGCUGGGGCCCAGUUGCAGUUUGCACUUAGCCAGUUUGUAUUCCAAAAGCUUCUUUCAAAGGGAUUUAUUCCAAUGACUGUUCCAGACAUGUUGAAGGGUGCAGUCUUUGAAGGCUGUGGCAUGCAGCCAAAUGCUCAAGCUUCCCAGGUGUAUCGACUAGACCCUUCAAGAUUUCCAGAUUUCAGCUUGGCUGGUACUAGUGAGGUUGGAAUUGCAGGUUAUUUUAUGGACCAUGCAGUCCGCCUCAAUGACUUGCCCAUCAGGACUGUAUGCAGCAGUACAUGCUACAGAGCUGAAACUGACACUGGCAGAGAGCCUUGGGGCCUAUACAGGGUGCACCAUUUCACCAAGCUGGAAAUGUUUGGCGUUACCGCUAAUGAAACUGGUCAAGAGAGUGCCCAGCUCCUGGCUGAGUUUGUGUCCAUUCAAAAGGAGAUCUUCACUGAACUUGGUCUUCACUUUAGGGUACUGGACAUGCCAACUCAGGAGCUUGGUGCCCCUGCCCACAGGAAAUUUGACAUUGAAGCUUGGAUGCCAGGGAGAGGAAAUUUUGGAGAGAUUUCCAGUGCUUCCAAUUGCACAGACUACCAGAGUCGCCGGCUGCACAUCAUGUAUGAGGACCAUUCUGAUGAGCUGCACUUUGCACACACAGUGAAUGGUACUGCCUGUGCAAUCCCAAGGAUGUUAAUUGCAAUAUUGGAAACUUACCAGUGUAAGGACGGAAGUGUCCGUGUACCUCAGGUACUACAGUCUUUAAUGGGCACAGACUUCAUUGAAAGGCCCAAAUAUAACCCUCUGAAAUAUAUUGGACCAAACCAACACCAUAGAAACCUGAUAAAAGGCAGGUAAAACCUGCCUUUGUUGAACUGGAAUGGAUCUAACCAAUUAGAACAAAAGAAAUUGCAAGAUGCAAGUUGAACCUGGAUAACAUUAUUGGGGUAUUGUUACUUUCUAUAGUGGCUGUUGCAAGGUGCAUGAUCACAAUGAAUGUGUUCAUCUCUUCCUUCUGUCAGGAUUAGCUCCUUGGUUUUCUAUUAAAGGAUUUACAGCUUUA